CAGUCAGCAGAAGUGAUGCUGCACAGUCGUUUCUUUGCUCUGUUAACGAGUCGUCAGUUUGAACAGUUUCAGGUUCAUGAACUCGUUUGUUUCUUCUGUCUUUUUAAAAUAUUAUCAACAAACAUUUUGUGUGUCUGUGUGUGUGUGUAUGUCAGGUACGCCUGCAGUCUGGUGUACUACGGGCUGACUCUGGGGGCCGGCGAGACGUCUGGUAGCCGUUAUGUUAAUGUGGCGAUGUACGGCCUCGUGGAGCUGCCGGCAUACCCACUCUGCAUAUACUUCAUCAACAAACACUGGGCUGGGCGGAGGAAAAGCAUGGCAAGCUUCCUGUGCCUGGCUGGCUCCGCCUGCCUCUGCACCACCUUCAUUCCUGAAAAUGCAGGAGCUUUGCUGAGUGUGACGUCGUUGGCGCUUGUGGGAAAACUGAUGGUCAGCGCAGCGUUCAACAUCGCCUACGUCUACACGUCCGAGCUCUACCCCACAGUCAUCAGGAACGCUGGGCUGGGAGUUUGUUCCAUGUCCUGCAGAGUUGGAGGAAUCCUGGCACCGUUCGUUCCUUCCAUGCGGGCCCUCCAUACCUCCAUGCCCUUCACCGUGUUCUGUCUGAGCGGCCUGUCGGCGGCCUGUUUGGGCCUCCUGCUGCCGGAGACCCUGAACAGACCAGCAGCAGAGACGCUGGAGGAGCUGGGCAGCCCGGGGCUCGGCCGAGUGCUGGAGAGCAAGCCUCUGUUGUAUGAAGAUGAAAGCUGUGCAUCGACCCACAAAUGAAGCCGGCGGCCUCGUCUUCGUCGCUCAGAACCGCAAACGGUCCCGUUAAUUAACGGUUUCUGAGCCGUCGUUCACUGCAGGAAGCAAAAACACCGCCAGCUGACCUCGUAGGAAGACGCAGCGUCGCGGUCGAUUCCUGAACGCUGCGGUGGCGAAUUUAGAGACGGAGGGCUGAGAGUCAUGAUCCGCUUUACAUUCCAGAUCCUGGGAAUUUAACAAGAGGGACCAAAAACCUUUGACAGCUCCUGAAGCCCGACAGCAUUUCCUCCAGUGACGUUUUUCUGCUGCUUCAGGAGGAAAUGUGUUAAAGGCUCUCCGCACCAGAGGACACCCGCUUACAGUCACUACAGUUUACACAUAAUCAGAUUAUUUAUGUCGGCUGUGAUUUUCUUCCAGACAGGAACUAUUAUCAUUAUUUUCACUCUGAUUUAACGUCAGGAAAAAGGUCUAAAAGAAACUAAGAAAGUCAUGAAAAGUUUCUCUGUGGUCAGAAACGUCCACGUGUGUCAGGCUCAGACGAUCCAUCAGCUUCUCUUACCUCGAUUUAUCAAACACAAAUAAAAACCAGGCUGGUUUAAUUUAACUAAAUAAUCAAACU